UUGUGUAUUGCUUCUAAAUUAGGGUUUUCUUUCAGAGAAGAAGUGCGUCAGAUGGCGGACAAGGAGCAAGAGAACCGUCUCUUUAUAGGAGGUUUAUCGUGGGAUGUGACCGAACGGCAGCUCGAUAAUGCUUUCAGCCGUUUCGGAAAAAUUGUUGAUUGCCAGGUUUUAAAACCAGUUAUUUUCUUGAAAUUCCUUUCGAUUUAUGGUGCUUUUGACUCCUGUAUUCAUGGCGUGCAAUUUGAUUGGAAUAGUGGGUCCACUGGGAUUUUAGAACUGCUGAUGCUGUUGUGUUUUUUGAGAUUUCAUUCAGCUGAUCUUUCUGAGUCAGUAAUCCACGACGUUUUUAGCAGUUCUUCUGGGGAUUUUCCGAAUUUGUUGGUUGUGCUGGAAAGAGGUACUGGCCGUCCUCGCGGUUUUGGCUUCAUUACAUUUGCCGAUCGUCGCUCGAUGGACGAAGCAAUAAGGGAAAUGCACGGCAGAGAGUUGGGAGAUCGAGCCAUUUCAGUUAAUAAGGCCAAGCCGAAGAUGAGUGGUGAGGACCCACCAAGUCAUCAUGGCUAUGGAGGUUACUCUUCCGGUGGAAGAAGGGAUAGGUCUGCAGGCCCGGAUGACUGUUUCAAAUGCGGAAGGCCGGGCCAUUGGGCCCGAGACUGCCCGUCAGCUGGUGGGGCCCGAAUUGCUCGUCCGAUCUCGCCUCCACGCUCGAGUUAUGGUGACCGUUAUGCAGAUUAUCGUGAUAGAUAUGCUGUGGAUGAUAGAUAUGACAAAAGUCGUAUUGGUGGUGAUAGAGACCGUUAUGACAGUCGAGAUGAUAGAUAUGGAAGUCGCGAUCGGUUUAUCAAUGACAGGUACGCCCCAGCUGGAGACCGCUAUCCUGUGGAUAGGUAUGGAGCCCCCGAACGUUACCCUCAGAAUGGAUAUGGCAAAGAUAGAGCUUACGAUAGAGAUGGGCCCCCAAGAGGUUUUUGUGACCGUUAUGGAGCUGCUGGGCCCACACGAUACGAAGCAGGAAGAAGCUACAGGGAAAGGCCCGGCCCAUAUGACCGCCCUUCUAGGAGGGGAGCCAGGCCCCCUUCAUUGGACAGGUUCUGAGAGGGUCUUUUGUGUAAUUUUUCCUGGCAAGAUCUCUUUAGCAACUUUCAUAGUCAGUAUGAAUUUGGAUUGUUUAUUCUGCUUUAUGUUUUGCACUGAUAGUGAUGCAUUUUGAUUUUUUUGACCGGAUGUUUGUUUCCGAAGACAUUCUUGCGAAUUAAUCAAUGUGUGCUGUAUUUUUGUUUGGAUAUCGAUUGUCGAGGGCCACAUUUUUAAGAGUUCUGAUUCUGAUGGAGGAUAUGCUGGUAAUUGGACUAUGCAGUUUCAGUUUGAUGCCUGGUUGUGGAGGAAAAGAGAUGGAUAAGCUUGUUAAACAAAA